AUGCUCGCUCUACUACUUGUUCUCCCACUCUUAGCUUCGGCUAACCCUAUCGUCAAACGUGCGACAAACCAACUCGUCUAUGCCGGAAGGGACAACCUUUGUAUCUCUGUGCAAGGAGGUAGUAAGGCCGUCGCCAAGAAUCAGGUCGGCGAUGGGACUGCCGUCGUCAGUAUACCCUGUAGCCAGGCAAGUACUUGGGAUAUCAGCCCAGGUUCGGGAAGUCUUGUCCUUAGCGGUACGAACUUUGCCCUCGACGCUGGUUCCAACCCCGGUAACAACGGGGCUCUAAAGGUGUGGACUUCGUAUCCCGGGUUGUACCAACAGACAUGGUUUUACACCGGAGACCAGCGCAUUGCCAUUACGGGUGGUACUCAGUGUCUAGACGAAGGUGAUCAAGGAAACAAGAUUCAGACGUACGAAUGUACCACGGGUAACACCAAUCAGAGUGAGUGA